GAAUGACGUCUGAAUUUGCGGGCCGCCGACGCAGGGRUGGGUUUCCAUUUUCACAGCGAGUUUCGGGGGGGAUCAUCAACAUGGAGCCAGAGAUGGAAGACAAAACGGUGGAACUGAUGUGCUCUGUGCCUCGCUCUCUCUGGCUGGGCUGCUCCUCGGUGGCUGAGAGUUUGUGUGCACUCAGGUGCCUGCAGAGCAUCCCCUCCACCCGGGCUCACAACCAGAAUACAUCAGGGAUGGAGUCACAGAACUUAGUGGACGAUCUGUCGCCAAAGAAGAAUACAGUUCUGAAGCUUAGUAACGGCCCUGUUGUGGGGUCUCGCAAGCGUCCAUCAGAAGGGAAUUAUGAGAAGGAGAAGGAACACUGCAUCGCCCUGUUCGACCAGUGGUCAGAGGCCGACCAGGUGGAGUUUGUUGAACGCCUGAUUUCCCGUAUGUGCCACUACCAGCACGGCCACAUCAACUCCUACCUCAAACCCAUGCUGCAGAGGGAUUUCAUCACUGCAUUGCCAGCCCAGGGCCUGGAUCACAUCGCAGAGAACAUCCUGUCUUUUCUGGAUGCACGUUCGCUGUGUGCAGCAGAGCUGGUGUGUAAAGAGUGGCAGAGGGUAAUUUCUGAGGGAAUGCUGUGGAAAAAACUAAUUGAACGUAUGGUCCGAACUGACCCUCUUUGGAAAGGCUUGUCUGAAAGGCACCAGUGGGAGAAAUAUCUGUUCAAAAAUCGCACAUCAGAAAUCCCACCCAACUCCUACUAUCACUCUCUUUAUCCUAAGAUCAUUCAAGACAUAGAGACAAUUGAGGCAAAUUGGCGAUGUGGCAGACACAACUUGCAGAGGAUUCAGUGUCGCUCAGAAAACAGUAAAGGUGUUUACUGUCUCCAGUAUGAUGAUGACAAGAUCAUCAGUGGCCUUAGGGACAACUCAAUCAAGAUCUGGGAUAAGCAGACACUGGAAUGUCUGAAGGUACUGACGGGUCACACGGGCUCAGUGUUGUGUCUCCAGUACGACGAGAGGGUCAUUGUCACUGGGUCAUCUGACUCCACUGUCAGGGUGUGGGAGGUGACGACGGGUGAGGUACUGAACACACUGAUUCACCACAACGAGGCAGUUCUUCAUCUGCGGUUUGCAAAUGGUCUGAUGGUCACCUGCUCCAAGGACCGUUCAAUUGCAGUCUGGGACAUGGCCUCGCCAACUGACAUCAGCCUACGCCGUGUCCUCGUGGGACAUCGUGCUGCUGUCAACGUGGUUGACUUUGAUGACAAAUAUAUUGUGUCCGCCUCAGGGGAUCGCACCAUCAAGGUAUGGAGCACCAGCACCUGUGAGUUUGUGCGCACUCUUAAUGGUCACAAGAGGGGAAUUGCCUGUUUACAAUAUAGAGAUCGUCUGGUAGUCAGUGGUUCAUCUGACAACACAAUACGAUUAUGGGACAUAGAGUGUGGCGCCUGUUUGCGAGUGCUGGAAGGUCACGAGGAGUUGGUGCGCUGCAUUCGCUUUGACAACAAAAGGAUUGUCAGCGGCGCCUACGACGGGAAGAUAAAAGUGUGGGACCUGCAGGCAGCACUUGACCCACGGGCCCCUGCCAGCACAUUAUGCCUGCGCACUCUAGUGGAGCACUCUGGCCGCGUAUUCCGCCUGCAGUUUGAUGAAUUUCAGAUCAUCAGCAGUUCUCAUGACGACACCAUUCUGAUCUGGGAUUUCCUGAACGUCUCACCGAACGGCCAGUCAGAGGGGCGGUCUCCUUCUCGCACCUACACUUACAUUUCUAGAUAGCAGGUGGCGCCCUCUGAGACACACUUUCUUGGAGGAAAUCCAGGGCUGAUUGGUUGAUGGGUGCAUCUGUCAUGCACAGGAAGCCCAUCUUUUCUCCUUCCUCCUUGUCAUCUCUCUGUCCAUCUCCCACUCAGUCCCCAUCCCCUCCUUCGCCCCYCCCGUUCUGAAAGACUUUAUGCUUGUGUCCAUUGCCUGCCAGUACAAUACAUACAGGUCAGCACCGAUAAGGAUCCCCCUACUACAGAACUGACUCAAUUUUCCCAGGAAGUUCACCUUCUCCUACUAAUUUAUGUUUUGUAAAGUACACUGACAGUAUUAACGUAGGCCUGAUAUAAGUCACAAGCUCCCUUUUUUCUUUUUUGUUUUAAUUUUUUGACCCCUUGAUUCAAACUUGGUCAGUUUUCAACCCCUGCCAAAAAUGUUUCCACAGAUAGGGAGUUGCUUAUAGAUAUAUAUUUAUAUAUACAUUACAUAGACAAACACAGUGGCACAGUUGGACAGAGGAUGACUAGAGCUGUGAUGCGGGAGACAGAGACUCUUUACUCGGCUCUAGGACAGAAGGGAAGGACGAGAGGUCCCGGGAUCGAAUGAGGGAAAAGUUGGGGAUAUCGUCCUCCACACUCCCUCUCACUCCUCGUCGCUCCUCCCUGCCUCCUUUUUUUAAAAAUAUUUUUUCUCCACAUCCCACUCCCUUUCCAGCUCCUCCCACUAGCUUCCCUAUCACAGCCCCUCCAGAGGUGCACACUCGCUAGGAAUACAGGGGCGCGCACACUCCAGACGUGUGUGUGUGCGUGUGUGUGUGUUUGUGUAAGUGAACAUGUGAAACUGCAGAACAGAGCAGAUGCGUCAGACAUGCAUGUGAGGUUUCCAUGGAUACAGCGUCCUGGUACACCUUUUGCUUUUUUUUCUCCUCUUUAACUUUUUCUUACUGUUUUUUUAAUAACUGUUAUUUUCUAAUUUUGAGUAUUUUGGUUCCUAGUACAAAAACAAAUCAUACUAAACAUAGUGUUUUUUUUUCCCUCCUGCUACACUUUUUUUGUCUCCUCAUUUUUUCCUCCUACUUCAACUUGUGUUCAUCUGUCCCUUUUCACUCCAUCCUUCUCUCCCAUCAUCUAAGUGCUUGCUUUGGAUAUGAGAGAAGCUGGAAUUCAAGAGCUCAAAUUUAGCUGUAAACGGAAUUGUCUUGUCAAAAAUUGUGUUGUAUAUUAAAACGAUUUUUUAAAGAAGAAAACAAACUUAUUGUGAAUAAAGUACUUGACAGUGGUGGAGUGUUGAGCCGACUGUAACAUGGGCGAGUGUCUAAUCGUCUGUGUGAAUGAGUGGAUUGUUGUUACACUGUUUGUUCAUGUGAGGUGUAGAUGUUUAAAUUUUUCUUAACCAGCAGGAUUAGGGGGUUCUGCUGUGUUGAACUUAAUAA